ACGUUCGAGCCGUUAGCCCGCAGUGGAUUGUCUCGUUCGCGGACAGUGAAGGUUACCUGCUUCAACAGUGCUUGAACGGCAACCUCUCGUCUGUCUCCACACACCUCCAGGACCUUUGAAUCGACAACAUCAAAUCAAAUUUUUUAAUUAUCUUUAAAAAAAACAAAACAAAAAAACAUCCGUUAAGCUAACGUUAUCUCGCACACGUUUAGCCCGCUUGCUAGCUGUAACGUUGACUGUUUUGCUAACAGCGCCAACCACUCGGGACAGCUUUCUUUUCGACCUCCUGACAAGAAGAACAGAUAUUAGAACCAUGAGUUCUCAGGUGAGACAGAACUUCCACCAGGACUGCGAGGCUGCAAUCAACAGGCAGAUCAACCUGGAGCUGUACGCCUCCUACGUCUACCUGUCUAUGGCAUACUACUUUGACCGGGAUGACCAGGCAUUGCACAACUUUGCCAAGUUCUUCCGUAAUCAGUCACAGGAGGAGCGCGAGCAUGCCGAGAAGCUGAUGAAAGUUCAGAACCAGAGGGGGGGAAGGAUCUUCCUACAGGAUAUCAGGAAGCCAGAGAGGGACGAGUGGGGCAGUGGCAUCGAGGCCCUUGAAUGCGCCCUGCAGCUUGAGAAGAGCGUCAACCAGUCCCUGCUGGACAUGCACAAGCUCUGCUCUGAUCACAAUGACCCACAUUUGUGCGAUUUCAUUGAGACACACUACCUGGAUGAGCAGGUGAAGUCCAUCAAAGAACUGGCAGACUGGGUGACCAACCUGCGCCGCAUGGGGGCUCCUCAGAAUGGCAUGGCCGAGUACCUGUUUGAUAAACACACCCUGGGCAAAGAGAGCAGCUAAAUCCCUCCAGAUCACAUUUACAAAAGCUUUCUAUAUAUGUAUAUUUGUAUCUUGUUUUCAAAAUAUCAAGCCAUGUGCAUGAUACUGGCUAGUCACUUAAAUCUCUUAUAUUACUCAUGUAGGUCAUUAUUGCCAUUUCCUCCACAUUAGUUAUUUCUGUAAUCCGGUUCUCCGAGCUGUGAGCUACCUUGCACCUCUCUCUCUGCUGCUCUCUAUGCCUAUAUCAUAACUAUGUAUCUGCUGUGUUUUAUGCCAGGAACUGUUAAUCCAAACAAAUAAAAGGAACCCUCUGGAUUCUGA